AUGCAAAUUCUUUUCCAUUGCAACUAUGCAUCUAUUAUUUAUUUAAAUCAAAUUGUAUUGAUUCCAUUCAUCUCUUCCAUUAUAUUUUUCCUCUGUUCUGCUAGCUGUUCCGUCUUCCACCGUCAUUCACAAAACAGAGGCAGUAGGAUUUCACUACAUCACUUAUGUUUAUUCCUCCAUUAUACCUUUCUUAGUCUCUUUCAUGAUUCCUCUGCAUUCCAUUAUACCUUUCUUAUGCCUUAUUUGGAUUGCACGGGUUCUUUAAUUGUUGAGAAGCUUUUAGUUUCAUCUUCCUAUCCACCUCAACAACACUAUUUUUUUCAUUACGUUUGUGUUUUUCUGUUAAUUUGUUGUUGUGUUUUUGUGUUAAUUUGUUGUUUGUGUUUUCACAGUACGAAGAGAGUAGAGGAAGAAUUGACGCCUACCUCAAAUACACUGUCGCCGGAGUCAAAGAUAUGUUCGGUGAUAUUGUUACCACUGAGUUUCUUUUGGCUUAAUUUAGAGGUGAUUUGA